GAUUUAAGAUGGGUCGCCGCAAGGAUAAACCGCGCCUCAUACCCGAACAGGAUAAACGCAUUUGUCGCGCUAUAUGCCUUUGUCAGCUGACCAUGGUGUUGUCCUGUGUUUCCAUUGUUUAUUUGAGUGUGGCUAUUUAUUCGCCCUCGUUUAAAGCCUUCAAGUCUGGUUUUGAACUGGAUCCGGUUAUGUGCCAAACACACAAUUCCGAAAUGCCGGACAGCCAUUGUGCGUGGGCAUCGUGCGGCGAAUGGUGUUUAACACGUACCAGCGGUUUUUGUCCACAGAUAUAUUCAACAGUUCGACGCAAUGGCACCGAUGUACAAUUUAAUAAUUGUUCUAAGAAAUUCUAUUCCAAAACGACAUGUCCAAUGCCCGAUAUGAAUACAUUGGCUAAAUUUAAUUGCAACAAUGGCACCGAAUGCAAUCAUCUUAAGGGUGUAUUUAAUUGUUCAAAUGGACAUUGCAGAAAUAUGACACAGUCAUUCAUUUGUCACCACAAAGCCGAUGGACCAGUCAUCAAUUCUGCCAAAGAUAAUACCAAACUAAAUGGUUUCUUCGAAUGCAAAGGUAUUCACUGUACCAAAAUCAGAAAAGCCUUUACAUGUGAUCGGAUUUGUAAUGCAAUAGGAACAUCUGAACGAAAUGUGAUGUUAAUGGAGGACAAUAGCGUCAUAACGGCCGAUUGUGAAAAUGCUGUGGCUUUCAAUGAGGCUCGUGGUAAUGAACCGGGCGUUCGCAUAGAUCCCACCGAAUUUUGGAAACAAGAUGAUGGCAUACUAUUGGCAAAUUGUGCCUCCGUUACAAUGGUAGAAACUAAGGACGGUAGAACAAUAACCGCAAAAGACUGCAUAAACGGCACCCUAUUACCACCGGGAACUUUACCCAACUCAUCAAUGAACUUUACCGAUUUUUGGAAAAUAUAUUCCGACAGUAAAAUCGAAGUUGAUCCGGAACAACGAUUUUUACCCAAUCAACACAAUUUAACAAUAUACAAAUCGAAGAAAUUAUUUAUUAAUUUAGAGGGUUGUGUCAAUACGCUGCGGGGAGAAUGCAAAGAAUUUUGGGCACGUCAUGGCAAAGAUGGUGACAAUAACACUGCAAUGUCCCGAUACCAAUGCUACUAUAAUAAGGAUCCAAAUGUUGAAUUCGUAACGGCUAGGUACGAUUUGAAAAAGGUUUAUAACGAGCUCAUGAUCUCCCUAAUAGUACCCAUAGUACUGUUUGUCAUAUCUUCAAUAUCACUGAUUGUCAUAACCAAACUUGUGAAGGUUGGUGAUGAUGCCAAAAUGCGCUGUAUUUGUGCCGCAGACAACGAAGACACCGAUGAAAUAUAUUCGGCACGUAAAAGUGUUCGGGCCAGACAAAAAGAAACCAACGAAGCAAAUGAAAAUCUCAAUCAGUUGUCGAAUUUAGAGGAAAUGGAUAUUAGCCCAAGUGAUACACAUGGCAUGAUUGGUAGCACAAAGCAUUUAUUACCACAAAGUGCUACCAAUGACUCCACCGCCAAUUCGGACCACACUAAUGAUGAUGAAAAAGCCUUAACAUGUGACAUUCCCGAAAAACCAUUAGUUGUAAUUUAAGAU